AUGGCUAAAGGAACACUCGACUGGAACAGCCCCGAGACCUGGCAGCGUGUCGUCGCCGCCGUCAUCGCCACCGGCGUCAAGAUCGAUCUGAAACAGACCGCCGCCUACUUCGGCACCACCUACGACACCCUCGAGAACCGUUUCCGCAAGAUCAAGAAGGAAGCCACCACUCUCAAAGACGAGAUCGAUAAUGGCGAGCGCAGCGGUGUUACCACCCCUUCACGCACCAAGUCCGCAUCCAGCACACCGCGGAAGCCGAAGACACCUAAGAAGGAUCCCCUCAGCACUGUCACCAACGGCAAGGUGACCAAGUCUACGCCAAAGUCGAAGAAGGGUAGCAUCAAGCAGGAGAAUCUGGAGGACGGCCUGUCUUUUGACGACAUGAGUGGACUGGCUGACGGCAAUGAUAUGUCGUUUACGCCGAACGCCGGCUUCGACUAUGGUAACGGCUUGGGUGACAACGACUUCCCAUUUGUUUGA